AUGCAGUUCACAGUCCUACUAGUCUUCCAUUGCGCUCUACUCGUCGCUAUUGCCCAUUCAACGCCAACGCCUCAAGUGCGAACAGCAUGCACUGCGGAGCAACAUACUGAAAUGCCUUGUCUAUGCUGCAAAAAAGAUUGUUGGUACACUAUUGCAUCGGCAGCAACACAUGAGCUAGGUCAUAUGCCUGGCGAGGCUGGUGAACGGGAAGCUCUUGCAACCUUACGUCUUAUUCGUACAUGUAUGAUCACUGAUUGUGCAGACAUCUGUUUUGUUGGUGUUCCCUUUUAA